AUGAGGCUAAAAACUCUUCCAGCAGAUCAUUCCAGUUUGGCUCAAUCCUACAACAACAUCGGUGGAGUGCAUCAAAACUUAGGUAACUACUCGAAAGCACUUGAUUUUUACGAAAAAGCACUUAAAAUCAACGAAAAAGCUCCGCCUUCAAAUCAUCCCUUAUUGGGUACUUCCUACAACAACAUCGGUGGAGUGUAUAAAGACAUGGGUAACUACUCGAAAGCACUUGAAUUUUACGAAAAAACACUUAAAAUCUUGGAAAAUGUUCUGCCUCAGAAUCAUCCCUUAUUGGCUACUGCCUACGACAACAUCGGUGGAGUGUAUUACAACACGGGUAACUACUCGAAAGCACUUGAAUUUUCCGAAAAAGCACUUAAAAUAAGAGAAAAAGCUCUGCCGACGAAUCAUCCUGAUUUGGCUACUUCCUACGACAGUAUCGGUAUAGUGUAUAACAAUAUGGGUAACUACUCGAAAGCACUUGAAUUUUACGGAAAAGCACUUAAAAUCAACGAAAAAGCUCUACCUCCGAAUAAUCCUUCAUUAGCCACUUCCUACAACAACAUCGGUGGAGUGUACGACAACAUGGGUAACUACUCGAAAGCACUUGAAUUUUACGAACAAACACUUCAAAUCGACGAAAAUGUUCUGCCUCCGAACCAUCCUUCAUUGGCCACUUCCUACAACAACAUCGGUGGAGUGUACGACAACAUGGGUAACUACUCGAAAGCACUUGAGUUUUACGAAAAAACACUUAAAAUCUUCGAAAAUGUUCUGCCUCCAAAUCAUCCUUCAUUGGCCACUUCCUACAACAACAUCGGUGGAGUGUAUAACAACAUGGGUACCUACUCGAAAGCACUUGAGUUUUACGAAAAAACACUUAAAACCUUCGAAAAAGCUCUGCCUCCGAAUCAUCCUUCAUUGGCUUUUUCCUACAACAACAUCGGUACAACGUAUUAUAACAUGGGUAACUACUCGAAGGCACUUUCUUUUCUGGAAAAGGCACUUACUAUAGCACAAAAAUCAUUUCCACCAACACAUCCUCGAAUUAAGAUAAUGAUAGGUAACAUUAACCAUUUAAAAAAAAUAUGA